AUGGACGGCCACGGAGAACUGGUGACCUUAGAAGAGGGUUGGACCAAACUGCGUCUCCAGGGGAUUGAGAAGGUUCAACGGUUCUUGGAGCAGCGGCCCGAGCGAGGACAUACAACAAAGCGCGUCUGCGUGGUGUCCAACGAGGACUAUGCCGCAAUUUACACGAUGGUCUACACGAUGUGCACACAGCGUUCCCCAUACAAUUUCUCACAAGACCUGUACCAGCUCUAUGGAGACUCAAUUGUUCGUUACGUCCACUCUACUGUCCUUCCAUCGCUGGAAAAUCGGAGGGGCUCCGAUCUCCUAGAAGAGUUGCUCUGUCGAUGGGAGAACCAUCGCACCCUGGUGAAGUGGCUACAGAAAUUCUUUGCGUACUUGGACCGCUACUAUGUCAAGAUGUACAUGGAGGCACCCCUUGUGAAGAGAGGAAUUGCGAUUUUCAAAGACCAUGUCUUCGAACGAGUGAAGCAACCUGUGUCUGCCGCUAUCGACGAGGCGAUCCGGCGUCAGCGGGAAGGAGAGUCCCUUGAUGAAGAGAGUGUCGCCCAGCUGGUAUGCAUGUAUAUUGGACUUGACCCUGAAGAUGAGGGCUUAGGUCUCUAUCAGCGUGAGUUGGAGGAUUUGCUCCUAGCAUCCACCAAGCAGUUUUACGAUCGCAAGGCCAGAGAGUGGAUUGCGAGCAGCACCUUUGCCGAGUACCUGCAACUUACAGAGGCCGCGCUUGAAGCUGAAGCGCGCAGAUGCGAGAGGUAUCUUCAUAGCAGCAGCAGUAGCAAGCUGCUAGGAGUCGUUGUCAAGAGCACGCUGCAGCAACACCAACAGGAACUCCUGGAGAAGGACACUGCUAUACCUUUCUUGCUUGCUGGGGAGGGGCGAGCUGAACUACGGCUGGCGCAUAGGCUUUUUGCCCUCGUGGAUGGAGCGGUUGAGGAUUUGGCGAAGCAGUUUAAGAUGUACAUCUCAGCAUGUGGAGAAAAGCUGGUGCAGCAAAGGAUUGCCGCAAUGCGAGAGGCACAGCAGAUGAGGGCUCAAGGUUCGAAUAGCAGCAACAGCAACACCGCGAUGUCACAACAGCAACAAAGGCAACAGGACAUCAUAUGCGAGCACCGAUUUGUGGAGAGCGUGCUAGAUCUGCAUGACAGGUUCAAGAGUAUUACCCUGGACUGCUUCCGCGCCCAGCCGCGGGUGUCCCAAGAUGCUUUUGGGCCUUCAACACGACCUACACCUCAGGCCGAUUCCUUGUUUCAGAAGGCAUUGAAAGAAGCAUUCGAGAGCUUUGUCAACGCGCAGUCCCUGCAACCGCCUUUUGCGCAGUUGCUGGCUUCUUUCUGCGAUCGUAUCUUGAGAAAGGCAGGAGGCGAGCGAAUGGGUGACGAGGAAAUUGAAGAAUGUCUUAUGAAGGUAGUGGAAAUAUUCAACUACGUGACCGACAAAGACCUUUUCGCUGAGCAGUACAGAACGCAGUUGGGCCGCCGGCUGUUGCACGAGACAUCAGCAUCACUUGAAUUGGAGCGGCUACUGAUAGCAAAACUACGCCUCAAGUGCGGGGCGCACUUUACAGCAAAAGUAGAGGGGAUGGUGAACGACUUGCAAGUUGCUGCCGGUCUUAUGCGUGCCUUCCAGCAGCAGCAACAAGAAGACCAACUGACGAAACAAGCAGGCCAUCGCGAUCAAAGCCUGGAUGAGUCUGCAUCCCGCCUUAAGGAUGCAUCUGUUCCAUCAACCUCUGUGGAAACGGUAAUGAUUGGCGAUGUAGAGUUCUGCGUGCAAGCUCUAAGCACUGCACAUUGGCCAACAUAUCCAGGCAAGCGAAUACAGGGCCCUGUAGUUAGCGCAGAUAUGGCGCAUCUCAAGCACACGCCUGAGUUGCGGCUUCCUCCAGAAUUGGCUCAAUGUGUGGGGGCCUUUGAGCAAUUUUACGCGUCGCAAACCCAGCACCGGAAGCUAACAUGGCUUCAAAAGCGGCAAGAUCUUAUCUGUAAUACAAUGCAAGCGACCCUUCUGCUAAGAUUCAACAGGAAGCAAGAUGACGGUAAUAAUGGUAUCAAUGGUGGCUGCGCAGAUGAUCCUGCCCUAUCGGUGCAGCAGCUGGUGGAAGACUUGCGUCUUGACGAGCUGACAGUGAAGAAGCUGCUGGGCUCGCUGAUGCUUGGCCGCUUCAAAAUACUAAAGAAGGUUGAGAACGACAUGUUUCAGGUUAAUGAGAACUUUUCGUGCCUUCAUCGAAAGAUCAAGCUGCCGACCCCCGUGCAGGAAGAAACACAAUGCAGAGAGCAUUUGUGCCUCCCUGAGUUUGGCGCAGCUCGUGUUGAGGAGGACAGGUCAAUUACCGUUGACGCGGCAAUUGUGCGUAUUAUGAAAACACGGAAGAGCUUGUCACACCAGCAGCUAGUAGGAGAGGUCAUGGCCCAACUGCAUUUCUUCCAGCCGCCCCCGAAGCUUCUGAAGGAGAGAAUACAGGACCUGAUUGCAAGGGAAUUUUUGGAAAGAGACAAGGACAAACCCACACAAUACAACUACGUGGCAUGA